CAAAAGCUUUAACCCAAAAAUGGCUACCUUAAGUGUGUUAAAUUACAAUAACCUUUCAUCAGGAUUAAAUAUGAAAGUGAACAACGCAACCACCAGCUCUAAUGGAGCAAUUAAUGCUACUCCCAUGAGCAAAACUUUCAAUAAAAUUACUGUGCAAAAUGUUUUAAGUGAAAAUAAUGGCAAUUCCUUGAAUAUAACCAAUGGCAAUCCCAAUGCUAUUGUCAGAAAAAUUAAAGACUUUGGCAUGAUAGGCUCAGUGAAUAAUGCUUCUGGAGCAGCCAUUUUGAGUAUGAAUCCACGUAAAAGACCUUUGGAGGAGAAAAAACAAACUUUAAAGCCGGCCGAGAGCAAGCUUACACCCCCGGCUAGUAAAAAACCCAAGUUAACCAAGGAAGAAAGAGCAGCCAUACGUUUGGCCAAGAAAGCUGCUAAAGAGAACUCCAACUUAAUUAAAGUUGAUACUAAUGUUCAGCCUUUGGCUUUGUUGCAAAAACCCAAAGUACCCGGUACUCCAGGACGCAAAGGUUUACCCUUGCCGCAAGCAGUAGCUAGACGUAAUGCCCGUGAGCGUAAUCGUGUUAAGCAGGUCAACAAUGGUUUUGCAGCACUAAGAGAGCACAUACCCGAAGAAGUGGCCGAAGUAUUUGAAACUCAAACUCAUAACACUGGUAACAGAGGUUCCUGCAAAAAGUUUAGCAAAGUGGAUACCUUAAGAAUGGCGGUGGAAUAUAUAAGAUCUUUGGAACGUUUACUAGGCUUUGAUUUUCCAGUGGGUGCUGGCCAGCUUAAUUCGUCUAGUGGUGAAGAGAGUUUUAGUUUAAUUAAAGAUGAAUUUAAUGCUUAUUCACCCACUGAACUGGAUGAACAGUUCGAUGACUCCCUAAGUCACUAUGAUAAUGAGGAAUUUUUCUCUGCCAGCACUAGUCAACAGCAAAUGCAAUUACCUUCCUCUUCUCCUAUACCCUCUCAGCACAUGGACAUGUUACCCAAUAUAACUACACUCAAUGGACUGCAAUAUAUAAGAAUUCCAGGGACAAAUACCUAUCAACUCUUGACCCCAGAUAUAUUCGUGGGUACGGCCUCAUCGCCACCAUCCUCAACAAUCGACGAAGAACAUUUUAAUGCAUUAAUUGACACUAAUUGUGUAAGUCCUUCAUCAUCGUCAACGCCAGGCAUAAUGCAACAACAACAGCAACAACAACAAACAACUACAGCUGAUCAACAAUCGCCUUCACCACCAUCAAUUAAUUCAACGGAGGUAAUAAGAAGAAGGGUACAAGAAACAGCACCUGUCUUAACAACAGUAACUAAUGGAGAAAAUAUAAACAACGAAGGGACUGCUACAUUAUCAUUAUCAUCAUCUUCUUCAUCAACAUCAUCAUCAUCAUCGUUAUUAUUAUCGCCCGUGCCACAAAACCAACAACAGCAAAUAAUACCACUGUUAACGGCAACAUCAUCCCCCAGUACAAGUCCAGUAUUACAUCAACAUUCACAGCAACUACAUACAUUAUCACCUGCCACAACUAAUGAUCAACAUCAUCAACAACAACAACUACACCAGGGCUUAAGACAAACGUGUGCCGCUAAUCAACUACAACAACAGCAAUUUCUACUACCAAACUCAACUGACCAACAAAUAGGGACGUUGCACAUGAUUAAACAGGAAUAUGAAGAACCCUCUUCUAAUAUUAUUUAUCAACAAACCUCACCUCCUCAACAGCAACUACCACAUUUACAACUUUAUCACUCAGCCAUGUCUCCACCUUUGGAACGCCAAACACCUACUACUUCAACAUCAGCCACCUCAGCCAGCUCCUCCUCCCACAUGUUGCAACAGUUCUUCCCUCAUGAUCAAAAUUCUUCAUCAUUUUACGAGGGCAUUGUCACCAUGAAAAAGGAAUUAAACGAGGUUCUUUUAAAUGCCUCACAUAGCACCAAUGUUAUGUCCGAUGAAAGUAUGAUCGAGGCUAUUGAUUGGUGGGAUGCCCAUACUCCUAAAUCGGAUGGUGGUUCUCUAAUGAUGUAAA